CCAGGCUCGGGGCCGCCGCGCGCCCGCCCGCCACAGCCACUUCCGCCCUUCCGCCAGCCCGGGCUUCCCCGCGCGCCGGCGCCCUCCGCGCUUCCGGUAAGCGCGACCGCCCGACCCCCGCCCCGACCUCCGGCCGCGGCCGCCUCGCCGGUGCCCCCGCCCCGGGGAGCCUCCCCCGGGCCGCCGCCGCCGCUCCGCCGCCCCGUUUUCAAGAGAAACCGCUGAUGACGCCGUUCCGCUCUUCUCGGCGACCCGGAAGCCCCGAGGCGCGGCCCGCCCCCUGACCCGGAAGCUCCUCCCCGCUGUCUUUCCGGUGAGGAGGCCGCCGCCGCCGGAGCCGGGCCGGGGCCGCCGCUGGGGGGGAGCCCGAGCCGGCCCUGGAAGGAGGAGAAAUGCAAGAGGAGGGAGAGUGAGAGGGGAGGGUACGUUGACAUCUGUCUGAUACUAGACUGGUGAAUAGGAAGAAGGUCCCAUCUCUGGCCUGUUUGUGGAAGCUGGGAUGAUGAAGGCCCUGCAGUGGGAACGUGCUGUGGUGCAGGGUUGAAGCUCCAGCCCAUGUCUGGUAGUUAUAGAGCAAUUGGAAGGGUUACGUGCAGAGUUCUGGUAAACUAGGAUGGAAGAAUCUCAUUUCAACUCCUCCCCGUACUUCUGGCCAGCAGUGCCCACCGUCUCGGGACAGAUUGAGAACACCAUGUUCAUUAACAAGAUGAAGGAGCAGCUGUUGCCCACAGAGAAGGGCUGCAGCCUGGCUCCCCCCCACUACCCUGCCUUGCUGACAGUCCCCACCUCUGUGGCCCUGCCCACUGGUAUCUCCAUGGACUCGGACACCAAGCCGGAGCAGCUGACACCACACAGCCAAGCCCCUGUGACUCAGAACAUCACCGUGGUACCAGUGCAGUCUGCUGGGCUCAUGACAGCAGGUCCUGGUCUGGUGAUAACUUCCCCAUCAGGUUCUCUGGUGACCACAGCCGCCUCUGCCCAAACCUUUCCCAUCUCAGCUCCCAUGAUUGUCUCUGCGCUACCCCCUGGCUCCCAGGCAGCCCUGCAGGUGGUUCCAGACCUGUCCAAGAAAGGGACAACCACCCUCACUGAAGGUGGUGGGGGCGGGGGAGUUGCCCCCAAACCACCCCGGGGCCGGAAGAAGAAACGAUUGCAGGAGUCAGGGCUGCCAGAGAUGAGUGACCCCUUUGUGCUGACAAAUGAGGAUGAUGAGGACCAGCACAAGGAUGGCAAGACAUACAGGUGCCGGAUGUGUUCGCUGACCUUCUACUCCAAGUCGGAGAUGCAGAUCCACUCCAAGUCCCACACGGAGACAAAGCCACACAAGUGUCCUCACUGCUCCAAGAGCUUCGCCAACAGCUCCUACCUGGCCCAGCACAUUCGUAUCCACUCAGGGGCCAAGCCCUACACGUGCAGCUACUGCCAGAAGGCCUUCCGCCAGCUCUCCCACCUGCAGCAGCACACACGGAUCCACUCCAAGCUCCACACGGCGAUUGUCAAGCCGCACAAGUGUCCUCACUGCUCCAAGAGCUUCGCCAACACAUCCUACCUGGCCCAGCACCUCCGCAUCCACUCGGGGGCCAAGCCCUACACCUGCCGCUACUGCCAGAAGGCCUUCCGCCAGCUCUCCCACCUGCAGCAGCACACACGUAUCCACACCGGGGACCGACCCUACAAAUGUGCUCACCCUGGGUGUGAAAAGGCUUUCACCCAGCUUUCCAACUUGCAGUCCCACAGACGGCAGCACAACAAAGACAAACCUUUCAAGUGCCACAACUGCCACCGUGCGUACACGGAUGCUGCCUCGUUGGAGGUACACCUGGCUACGCACACGGUGAAACACGCCAAGGUCUACACCUGCUCCAUCUGCAGCCGGGCCUACACCUCGGAGACGUACCUGAUGAAGCACAUGCGGAAACACAACAUCCCUGACCCACAGCAACAGGUGGUUCAGGCACAAGCCCAGGCCUCGCAGCAGCAGCAGCACUUCCAGCCACAGGGCGGGGGGGCAGCAGGGGGCCCUUCUGGAGACACUAACCAACCCAACCCUCCCCCCCAGUGCUCCUUUGACCUGACUCCUUACAAGACUUCAGAGCAUCACAAGGACAUCUGCCUCACUGUCAGCACCAGCGCCAUCCAAGUGGAGCACCUCUCCAGCUCCUAGAGAGACCUCAACCCAGGGAGCAGAAUGCCUCUUGUGCAUAGCCUGUGCCAGGGGCACCGCUUGUGCAGCGGCCCUCCUCGUGCAACAGUUUCCGGCCUCUCCUCCUGCAACAGCCUCUUCUGGCCGUGUAACCCUGUUCAUGGCAGCCCCUUGAACAAGAGCCUGUCUCAAGGGGGUGCUCCUUCUGUGCAACAGCCUGCCUGGUAGGAGGAUGCUUCCUUGUGCAAGAGCCCCUUUCCUGUGCUGGGAUCACUUCCUCAUGCAAGAGCCCCUCCUUUGAAACCCAAAGAAAGGCCCCUGUUUUGCCUUCUCUCUCACUGUAGGAUGUGUACAAAGCGGGGUUGCGUGUUGAGACACGCAUGGUGGAUGGGAUGGAGCGAUGACCCUUGUAUAUACAGGGGCUUGGACACGUGUUUUUAGCAGGCCACAGAAGAAUGUGGCAGGGUUGACAGCUGGAUGGGGUUCUUUGAGGAUUCUUGAGUGUCUAAGAGAGAAAUAUCCAUUCCUGUUCCUCCUGCUUGUGAAAGGGAGGAGGGGUCACUUGUCCUGCCCCAAGGACUGGAUGGGAGAAACCUUCUCCCCAGUGGAAGGUGAGACCAGUGGAGGGAGGAGAAGUAAGACAUGUUCUCUGGGAUGGACAGGUGCCUGUCCAUACUACACUGCCUAAGGGCUGUGGAGUAUUGCAUUCUUUCUCCUCCCCUGGUGGAGAGCAAUAGAGAGGAGUCUGUCUGAACUGACUGCUGCCUCUCUCUCCCAGCUGUCUCAGCAGCACGAUGGCCCCGUAGGAAUGUGGGUUCCUGCUCAUUGCUCUUCCUGCCUGUUGUGGAUGAUAUCCUAGCAGCUUGUACUCCUCCUCCUCUCCCUCCUCCUCCUUUUCCCCCCACCUCCUCAGAAAAGGCUGCAGGCAUCAACAACAAACCAAAAAGCAACUGGAGGGAGGGUAAGAGACUGCCAAAAUAAUCAUCACCCUUCUCUCUACUCCCUGUCCUGAAAGGCGGAAUGACAGCAGUUCUGACACUCACAUACCUGUCCUGCCCCCAGUUUCACAAAGGGAAAGAGGAGGAGGAGGAAUAGACCAGUCUUUUCAAGGAGCUGGCAGGAGGCAGGGAAAGGCUAGCUUCUCCUGCUCAUCUCCUGCCAGACUGCUCUCCCAGGCUCCCUCUUGCCAAGACGGGCUGGACUCACAUGGCAAUGGUGGCCUCUUCUGGACCCUGGUCAUGGGAGAGAAUCCCCAAAAGGUGGACAGUGGAGAGAAGGGGAUGAAGAUCCCCACAGAGAGACCAAUCUAAUGAGAAGGGGGAGCCAACAAGAAUAAACUGAAGGCCCCUUGAAUUUAUAUAUAUAUAUAUAUAUAUAAAUAUCUAUUCCCCACCCCUGGCCCGCUCUGUCCUUGCUGUAACUGUUUCUAUCUCUGUGUUUAUAAAACGCAUUAUCCUGACGAAUUUUUAUUUUCAAUCUUCGUUUGUUUUUCCCUUUCUCUUUGUCUUCAAUUCUCCUUCCUCUUUUUUUUUUUUUUUUUUUUUUUUUUUUUUAAUUGGUCCACAUGACUGCUAGUCUUGUGUGUUACUUGUUAGUUUCUUUGGAUCAUGGAGGCUAACUUGGAAGAGAAUGAGAAGGCAAGGGAAAAAGCAUGUGUUGUUGGGUUUUAAAAUCAGUCACCCACCCAAAGCCUAUAGAAUCCCAGACUUCUGUAUGAACAACCAAUAGGGGCUUCUAUUUUAUUUUUUUUUUAACCACCCUGUAUAGAAAUAAAUUGGUGUAAAAGGCU